AUGCCAACCCCAUCGAACACUUCCACCACCACCACGGGAGCCCCCACGCUCCACCUCCGUGGCCAACCCACCCUCCAGCCCUCGCCAGCGACGUCUGGCUUCCCCAUGACGACCGACCUCCAUGCGUCGCCCUUUGCAGAGGUGCAGGUGGGCCCCACGCGGACGAUGCUGCCCGUCUUUGCCAGCCCGCAGGAAGAGCGCGUCUACCGCAAGGAACACCUCGCGCUCGUGUUCCGCAUCAUGCACCGGUUCCGCCUUGCAGAGGGCAUCGCCGGUCACUGCUCUGUGCGCGACCCCGUCGACCCCGACACGUUCUGGGUCAACCCACAGGGCAAGAGCUUUGCGCGCAUGCGCCAGUCGGACCUCGUGCGGUGCCGCAUCUCGGACGGCGCCAUGGUCGAGGGCCGCUCGCCGACCGACGCCAGCGCCAGCUCGAUCCAUUCCCAGAUCUAUAAAGUGCGCGGGACCGAGGGCCCAGCGGGCAUCCAGGCGAUUGUACAUGUCCACGGACCGCACACCAAGGCCUUUUCGUCGCUGGGCCGCGUGCUCGACAUGAUCAGCCAGGAUGCCUGCUCGUACGCCGACGAAAUGGUGCUGGUCCCCUUUGGCGGCGCCGUCUUUGACAACCGCGAGGGCGAGCGUAUCGCCGGUUUGGCAGGCAGCAAGCGCAUUGCCAUCUUGCAGAACCACGGUAUCGUCGCCAUGGGCAAGCUCUCGAUUGACGAGGCGGCGUGGUGGCAGAUCAACUUUGAAAUGUGCUGCAAGGCCCAGCUCCUGGCCGACGCUGCCCGCCGUCCCGACGACCCCAUGGUCGUUGCUGGGCCCGAGGAGAUUGCCUCCACCAAGGCCGAGAUGGGGACACCGGAGAUGGGCUGGUUCUCGCUGGCUGCGUACAUUGAAGAGGAGGAGUAUGCGUCCCAGGGCGACCACAAGUUGUAG